AUUUCUCGAGAUUGUUGCCUUUUUGGAAUCUCAUUGCUCUCAAUUGGGUGAAGAAUACAAAUCCAAUCCCUAAUUCGUAUGUCAGAUUCUGCGCCCGGCGAUUAUCCUCCCGAUCCACUUCUCGCUUCCGGAGCCUUCAUCUCCUCCUCCGCCGGUGACGGAACCCUAGGUAAUAGUGCGAAGCGGCGAUCGAUUCAGGGAGGAAUCGGAGUUUCUGGUUCGGGAGAGAGCGUACGCAUUGGGAUGGCUAACGGUACGGAUCAGAUGAAUCCAUCGCUGGAUAGUUCGGGUCACCAGGCGGAAUCGAAGUCGCGGAAACGUGCGGCGCCUGGGGAUAAUUGGUUGCCUUCUGGUUGGAGAGUUGAAGAUAAGGUUCGAACCUCUGGUGCUACAGCUGGUUCGGUUGAUAAGUACUAUUACGAACCAAAUACAGGCCGUAAGUUUCGGUCCAGGACUGAGGUACUCUACUACUUAGAACAUGGAACCUCUAAGAAAGGAGCCAAGAAAGCAGAAAAUACUGAUUUCAAUUCAGACCAUUUUGAAGGCCAGGGAAGUAGCAAUAGAGCCAGCAGGAAAGUUAAAGAGCCUCCAGCAGGACCAGCACCACCCCCGCCAUUGGACUUUGAUUUUAAGAAUCCACCAGAGAAGGUAAGCUGGUCAAUGGGAAACACCAGAGAAGAAGCGUGGACACCUAUUAUUGGGGACGUCAAGGUUCAAGACUCAGUCAGACAAAAUUGGAGCACUGCGUUUACCUUUAUCACAAACCGGAACCCAAGCAAACUGUCGUUGUGAAGACUAUGACUACAUGGUGGGAGAAAUUUGGAUAGUUGCAUCUAUUGUAAGAUAAAUAGAUGCUUGUUAAGUAGUCUUCAUUCAUCAACUCAUGUGUACUCUAAUUCUUUUUUUUAGCGUUUUUAGGAAGAAUAUGAUAAUGGGAUAUGCAUAUCUGCGUUUGGAACGUGAUAGCCAUUUGCUUUUUUGACUGAUGAAUAUGAAGACGUGUCGUACCUAGAUAAGCUUUUUCUUAAUCGGACAUUUUGAUAUGGAGCAUUUU